UGUAGCAGGUCGGUUGAACUUUACUCUACUUUCCUGAACAAUCUUCACUUUCUUUAAAGAUCGUAUGUCACGUUUCAUCAUUUCAUCAUCCUUAUCAUACAAUCUUAUCAUUAUAUGAGCAUCAUACAUAUAACAGGUAAAGCCUUUAGACCACUUAGUUUCUCGAUCAUAUCAUUCAAAUGAGGUGACAUCAGUCUCGGCACGAACAUUUCGGGAGCUUUUGCAGAGCUCAACAGAAAAUGUCGAAUUACAAGAAACAUCUCAUAUUUACGCUCAUCGUAACACAAGAAUUCACAAGCGCAGUCAAGUGCCCAACGCCGUUCACCUGUCAGAGUGCACCAGAAUCACCUAAGAAGAUCUCUGUCAUCUCUAAAAGGGCAGCACCAAACGAAAUUCAACAUGACAUCAACGUCCACACAAGAGCGCUAGAUGCUUCAUUCAACAGCAUCACAGCAUUAAAGAACAACACGUUAGCUAAGAACUAUAUAUUGGCGAAGGUACGUUCUCUCAAUUUCUCGCAUAAUUUAAUUGCCUCAAUUGAAGUACUUGCAUUCAACGGUUUAACUCACCUAAGUAAAUUGGAUUUAUCAAACAACAAACUUACUACUCUACACCCAUCGACGUUUAGUUAUGCCAGGAACUUAACAUGGCUGAGUCUGUCUAACAAUAAAAUGUUAAAGUUGCCAGGGAACGGACACUUCAUAGAAACUCCAAAUUUAAAAACUUUGGAAUUGAGUUCCUGUAAUUUAGCCGAAAUAUCAAAAGAUGCAUUCUGGUGUGCGCCAAAUCUUGAAUAUAUUAGACUGGAUAACAACAAAUUUAAAACUUUGGAUAUCACUAUAUUUACAGAAAUAUUACCCCCCGAUCGACAUCUGACUAAAGGAUGUUAUGCUUCUGGUAGAACUCUCAACAAACUAGCGUACGUUAAUAUAUCAGCAAACCCCUUUAAAUGUGACUGCCAGUUUUAUAAAAUGAGAAAGUUACUCGAUAAACGUAACACAAAAUUUGAAUUACAAUGUUCUUGCGACAAUGCAAAAUACGACAUAAAUAACGACUGUGGUGAUAAAGAAAUAAACCAGCAAAAUGAAAUAACAUCAGUGAAGUCAGAAGAAACCGUAAGUGUCGUCACAACAAAUGGAACAGAAAAUUAUUCAGCAAGUAGCGUAUUUAAACUUACAUCAGAUCCAUUACCAAAAACUGAAGAACCACGCACGCCAAAUAUAUCACAAGUAUCAAGAUCAACAGCAAAAAGUGAACUAAAAACACAAAAUGUUUCCGAAAUUUCGAUGAACGUGGCAGAAGAUAUUACAAAAGCAACAGCUCCGGAUGACCUUGACUUCACUACACAUUCGUCUCUUUAUGUAAUUAGCGGUCUGUUGUGUGGAUUCAUUGUCCUGAGUGUUGUUCUUCUUGUACUGUUUCUAAGACAACGCAGAAAAAACAAAAGAGAUCUUUUGCGUACUGCAAGUCGGUAUCGAGAUACAGAUUGUGAAAGUGACAAUCUCGUCGGGAACGAUCCUUCAAACUAGACACCAUUUGCAGGGCCAGUGAUACUAGCAAAUCUCGGUUUAAGAACAUUCGUCACAAUUCACUUAAAAUUCCUUAAAGUCGCCUAUAGAUAGAGUUCGUUACAAAAUAAUAGUAUAGUGGAAAUAAUUGUAAGAUUUAAAUAAAUAAACUUUUAAAAAAUGUAUUUAUUACAACAAUUAUCAGAAAUUUAUUAUUAUAUGAUAAAAUUAUACUGGACUGUUCUUGCUUAAUAAAACUAACAUAACCAGUAAAAACCGUUGAUUUACAUGCCACGGCGCGUAGA